AAAUGGCCGCGGGUUCAGGAAAUCCAAAAUGACGGUUUUGUGGAACUAUUGGUGGUUUUCUGAUGCAUACAGCAGAGGAAUAAGUUCGUAGCACUCAUUACUAGAUUCCAAGCGUACGAGGCAAGGCAAGGAAGGAAGUUUCUUCCCUUGCGCUAUAAGGACUCGGCAGCGACGUGAGCCCCACAAAAAGCAUUAUAUACACUCUCCCAAUUUAACUAUUAUUGACAAAGAGCGGAUCGCAACUGAACACGACGAAGAAAAAGCCAUUUUUUAAAUCUAUCGAGCGGCAGUAAAUGCCAUUAUUUAUUUCGGGUGCUUGACGGGCUCAUUAAAAUCAUUUUUAUCGCUCGACGGGUUCAUUAAAAUCAUUUUUAUCAAGUAAGAACGCUAUUUUGAUCCUCGGGAAAAACAGGUGACAGGUUUUCUUUUUGUGGAGGGAUCUUCCAUAGAGAGCAUAGUUAUGGUGAUUGCCAUUCAGGUCGUGUAGAUCACGUCGGAAAUUUAGUUUGUUUUCUUUGCCACUGAUAUCCACAGAAGCUUCUUACUGAAGUGAACUAUGCAAUGUAUACAGAGGGAGAGAGACCUAGAUUUAGACACAGUUACAAAAGUAUGGAAACAUACAUCCAUACAUACAGAUACAGAUGUGGAUAUAUAAUACAAGGGGAUUUGCAACGAUGCAUUGAGGAAGAUUAUAUAAAUAUCUUGGGAAAUGGAAAUUGUCCAGAGGCUAGAUCUUUUCACUCAUCUACUGCUGUAGGUAAAAGAAUAUAUAUAUUUGGAGGGGACAAAGGAGGUAUUUUGUCUAAUGAUGUACAGAUUUUUGAGACCUCGACUGGAAAAUGGAUUACUCCAUUAGUCCUAGGCACUAGACCAUCUCCUCGUCGGGGUCACUCUGCCGUUCCUCUGAACAAUGACCGGAUACUGAUUCUUGGUGGCAGCUCCAAACCAAAGGACAAUAUCUGGUUUCUUGAGGUUGACACUUCUUUUGUCAAAGAACAAAGGAAAAUUCAAGGCAAUGAAGUUGUAGCAUGGAGCAAGGCAAUUAUAGGUGAUACUCCUCAACCUGUGGUCAUUAGUGGACCAUCCGGUGUUGGAAAAGGAACCUUGAUAAACAAACUCAUGAAAGAAUUCCCAGCUACCUUUGGAUUUUCUGUAAGUCAUACAACACGAGCUCCAAGAGAGAAAGAGAUGGCUGGAGUACACUAUCACUUUACCCAACACAAAGUAAUGGAAAUGGAGGUUCAGGAAGGAAAGUUUCUCGAGUCUGCAAAUGUCCAUGGCAAUAUGUAUGGAACUAGCAUUGCAGCCGUAGAGGCAGUAGCUGAUGCUGGGAAGAGAUGUAUUUUGGACAUUGAUGUCCAAGGGGCAAGGUCUGUGAGGAAUAGUACAUUAAAUGCCCUGUUCAUCUUUAUCUGCCCACCUUCACUUGAAGAGCUAGAAAAACGUUUGCGUGGGAGAGGAACAGAAAAGGAGGAAGAUGUCCAAAAGCGUUUAAGAACUGCCAAGUCAGAACUCGAACAGGGGAGAAACUCAAAUCUAUUUGACCAUAUAUUGGUUAAUGAUGACUUGGAUGCAUGCUAUGACAAUCUCAAGGAUUUUCUUGGCCUCAGUAAUGUGUCCUUUCCAUUGGGAGCAGCCAAUGGUCUUCCUGAUCCAUCAGUGGUAGAUGUUGAAUUCCCUUAUGGUCAUUCUGCAUCAUUAGUGAAUCAAAAAGUAAUAGUUUAUGGUGGUAUUUCAGCAGAAGGAAGAGGAGCAAAAACAAUGCAUGUCCUUGAUGUGUCUUCCCUUGAAGGUGGAGCUCCAGGAAGAACUCGAGGUGUAAAGACUCUGGCAGUGGAUGAAAUCAGUAAUCCAUGCAUCUGGCUCAAAUAAAGUCCUCCAUCUAGAGAACAAGCAAAGAAGUUUCAACCAGAAGUUUGUCUGGUUACAGGGAAUGGUGGGGUCAAUCACUGAUAAAUUUUGUGAUGAUCUGGAUAAAGAUCUGUUUUAAUCGCAAAGUUAGUGAUUGUGCGGCUUUAUUGAUAACUAAUAAAUCCAACUAGAGGAGUGAGGUGGGAAUUUCAUGUUUACAAUGUACUUGAUAUUUUGUUUCAGAUUAGUAAUUGAGAAAAUCCAUAAUUUCUGAGAAUUCUUUUCAAGCGACAAAGAGCAUUCAUUUGCAAAACAAGCUUGUUUUAGAUGAAUAUCAAUACUAACAAUGAUGGUUAUGUGGCUCCAAAGUCGCAAGUUUCUUGAUUCAUUGGAGAUCCAUAAUAGCAAGGAUGUAAUAAAGGUGUUGCCAUAGUGGGGUGCAGAUCCAGAGCGCUCCAUGCAGUUCUCAUUUCUGCAAUUUUGUGAUCUUUGGAAUCGAUAUGAAAAAUGUCUGAUUCCUAUAUACAACAAUCAUAAGAGCAUAUAAUUUAUACUGAUUUUACAAUGGCCA